AUGCCAAGGAAACAGAGAGAGGCCCAGGCCGCCCUGCGCCCGACGCCGGACCAGAGCUUCCGGCAGAAGGCCCAGACCCUGCUCAGCAUCUUCCACAGCCGGCUCUUCCAGGCCCUGCUGGACAUCCAGGAGGUCUACGAAGCCACUGUGACGGACUCGCAGCCCCCGACUGCGCGCAGGGCGCGGGCCAAGCCACCCGCGUACACGGCUAUCCGCCCGUCCCUCCGUCCGACCACCCACCCGCGUACCCGGCUAUCCGCCCGUCCCUCCGUCCGACCACCCAUCCGCGUACCCGGCUAUCCGCCCGUCCCUCCGUCCGUCCAGCCACCCGCGUACACGGCUAUCCGCCCGUCCCUCCGUCCGACCACCCACCCGCGUACCCGGCUAUCCGCCCGUCCCUCCGUCCGACCACCCGUCCGCGUACCCGGCUAUCCGCCCGUCCCUCCGUCCGCCCACCCGUCCGCGUACACGGCUAUCCGCCCGUCCCUCCGUCCGCCCACCCGUCCGCGUACACGGCUAUCCGCCCGUCCCUCCGUCCGACCACCCGUCCGCGUACACGGCUAUCCGCCCGUCCCUCCGUCCGUCCAGCCACCCGCGUACACGGCUAUCCGCCCGUCCCUCCGUCCGACCACCCAUCCGCGCACACGGCUAUCCGCCCGUCCCUCCGUCCGUCCAGCCACCCGCGUACACGGCUAUCCGCCCGUCCCUCCGUCCGACCACCCGUCCGCGUACACGGCUAUCCGCCCGUCCCUCCGUCCGACCACCCGUCCGCGUACCCGGCUAUCCGCCCGUCCCUCCGUCCGUCCAGCCAUCCGCGUACACGGCUAUCCGCCCGUCCCUCCGUCCGUCCAGCCACCCGCGUACCCGGCUAUCCGCCCGUCCCUCCGUCCGACCACCCGUCCGCGUACACGGCUAUCCGCCCGUCCCUCCGUCCGUCCAGCCACCCGCGUACACGGCUAUCCGCCCGUCCCUCCGUCCGUCCAGCCACCCGCGUACACGGCUAUCCGCCCGUCCCUCCGUCCGACCACCCGUCCGCGUACACGGCUAUCCGCCCGUCCCUCCGUCCGACCACCCGUCCGCGUACACGGCUAUCCGCCCGUCCGUCCAGCCACCCGCGUACACGGCUAUCCGCCCGUCCCUCCGUCCGUCCAGCCACCCGCGUACACGGCUAUCCGCCCGUCCCUCCGUCCGACCACCCACCCGCGUACCCGGCUAUCCGCCCGUCCCUCCGUCCGACCACCCGUCCGCGUACACGGCUAUCCGCCCGUCCCUCCGUCCGACCACCCGUCCGCGUACACGGCUAUCCGCCCGUCCGUCCAGCCACCCGCGUACACGGCUAUCCGCCCGUCCCUCCGUCCGACCACCCAUCCGCGUACACAUCUAUCCGCCCGUCCGUCCAGCCACCCGCGUACACGGCUAUCCGCCCGUCCCUCCGUCCGACCACCCGUCCGCGUACACGGCUAUCCGCCCGUCCCUCCGUCCGACCACCCGUCCGCGUACACGGCUAUCCGCCCGUCCGUCCAGCCACCCGCGUACACGGCUAUCCGCCCGUCCCUCCGUCCGACCACCCGUCCGCGUACACGGCUAUCCGCCCGUCCCUCCGUCCGACCACCCAUCCGCGUACACGGCUAUCCGCCCGUCCGUCCAGCCACCCGCGUACACGGCUAUCCGCCCGUCCCUCCGUCCGACCACCCAUCCGCGUACACAUCUAUCCGCCCGUCCGUCCAGCCACCCGCGUACACGGCUAUCCGCCCGUCCCUCCGUCCGACCACCCGUCCGCGUACACGGCUAUCCGCCCGUCCCUCCGUCCGUCCAGCCACCCGCGUACACGGCUAUCCGCCCGUCCCUCCGUCCGUCCAGCCACCCGCGUACACGGCUAUCCGCCCGUCCGUCCAGCCACCCGCGUACACGGCUAUCCGCCCGUCCCUCCGUCCGACCACCCGUCCGCGUACACGGCUAUCCGCCCGUCCCUCCGUCCGACCACCCAUCCGCGUACACGGCUAUCCGCCCGUCCCUCCGUCCGUCCAGCCACCCGCGUACACGGCUAUCCGCCCGUCCCUCUGUCCACCCCUGUACACGGCUUUCCGUCCGUCCGUCUAUCCAUUCACGCAUCCGCCUGUCAGGCCGUCCGCCACCAUAUGA